AUGAAUUCGAGGCUUAUCCUCUUCCUCGCAUGUCUCCUGUGCUGUUCUCUUGUUGCGGCUAGUGGCCAUCAGUGGCUUCCCGUGGAAGAAAUUAUUGAUGCUGAGCCAGACCACAUAUGUGGUCUGCAUCCAGUGGAUAUCCUGAUGUCCAGCCUUUUGCGAAACGCUCCCACCAAUGACUCCUCAGGCAUUCUCAUGCUCAGCAAUGCCAUCACAUCAUUGUACCGCACCCAACCGAAUUUUUAUGCAUUUCUGAUGCGAUGUACAACGGCUUGGAAUCGGUGUCAGCGAGCCAAACCUUACGGCAACGAAAGGAGAGGAGCCGUGACACACGAGGAGCAGCCUUGGCAACUCGUAUGUAAUGCCGGUUUAGCCCUAUCAAGCUCAGAUCUGGUUACGAAUUCGUCCUGA